CUAUAUCAGGUCCCAGGGAGAGGCCUGCCAGUCUUUCCGCUCGGCUCGGAGGAGGCUAAGGUGCAACUCUCUUCGGUCGUCCCGAAUCCGGGUUCAUCCGACACCAGACGCCUCCACCAUGCCGCCCAAGUUCGACCCCAACGAGAUCAAAGUCGUGUACCUGAGGUGCACCGGUGGGGAGGUCGGUGCCACGUCUGCCCUGGCCCCCAAGAUCGGCCCCCUGGGUCUGUCUCCAAAAAAGGUGGGCGAUGACAUCGCCAAGGCAACUGGUGAUUGGAAGGGUCUGAGGAUCACUGUGAAACUGACGAUCCAGAACCGACAGGCUCAGAUUGAGGUGGUACCUUCUGCCUCUGCCCUGAUCAUCAAAGCACUCAAGGAACCACCAAGAGACCGAAAGAAGCAGAAAAACAUAAAGCACAGUGGAAACAUCACCUUUGAUGAGAUUGUCAACAUUGCUCGACAGAUGCGGCACCGGUCAUUGGCCAGAGAACUCUCUGGAACCAUUAAAGAGAUCCUGGGGACUGCCCAGUCUGUGGGCUGCAACGUUGAUGGUCGCCACCCUCAUGAUGUCAUCGAUGACAUCAACAAUGGUGCUGUGGAAUGCCCAGCUAGUUAAGACUUGGUGAGGACAGUACUUCAAUAAAGGAUCACCUGACAACCAAUGGG